CGCGCGCGGCUCCCGUGUAAAGUGUACUAAGAUGGCCGCUUAUAUAUACAUCGUCACCUGUCUGUGCAUGGUAGUGCACGCUGCACCCCCCGCGCCGCCGCGACUCUACCCUCAAAACACGCCUGCACAGUUACAACAGAUAAAUCCUUAUGACUACUAUUUGGACAAUCCGGAGGUAGCGAACUAUUAUAAUCAACUACAACAGAAACAGGCUUCCACAAAUACAAAUUCAAAUGGUGCACCUUCAAGGCUAGAAACCUUGGAGCCGGACAGCGAGGUGGAACUCUUACCAGGCGCUCAACAGCCUCAGCAACCGCCACAGCAGAAUCCAGUGUCUCCUAAUAUUCCUGGACUAGUACCUGGACAAAGAGUGUUCAUCGUUCACAUGCCAGUUCCAGGAUACAGACCCGGUACCAUUGGAGGUUACCAGCCUGUGUACAUUGUGGCAGCAGCACCACAAGGCAAUGCAGGCUUUCCAGCAAACGGUUACCAGAACGCUAUUCUUCUUGAUCCGUCAGGACAGUCAGUUAUAUCGCCCGUACUCGGUUAUCCUAGACAGGGAGUGGCAGGUGUUCAGGCCAUCCAAGCCGGCAACCCUGGACUGCUUCUUGGGGCACCACUGGGUGUGAACAGACCUUUUGAUUUGGCGUAUCAGGAGCCAGUUAUUGCUUACCAACCAGGACCUGCACCACAAGGAAUAAACGGUGCGCAAGGGGCCGUGCGGCUCUCCCAGUACAUCGCCCUUCAGGGUCUCCCAAACCCGGCUAAUCCUAAAACAGUCAGUAACGAAGCACAACCAAAACGACUAGUGGAGGGAGGCGACGGCAGUGAAACAAAACCAGCUGAAGAACCGAGACGCAACGCUAGACCUGCACAGAUUCGGAGAAAAGCAUAGACUAUAACUUAUCUCAAUCACAUUCAAUUUAUGUCUGUGCCUCAUUUAUAGGAAGUUAAAAAAAAGGAAAAUUUGUUGAAAAAAAUACAGGAGACUUAAGCCCGCUCACACUUGACGUUCUGGGCUGAACUGACAACUGUAAAUGAUUAUUAUUCUUUUAUUUAAACUUUAUUCAUUAAUAAUGGAUGGAUAUAACUCUUUGAGUAUGUCGUACACUACACUUUUAUACAGAAUAUCUACUAGAUUUACAAAAUCGGACGGUACUUAUUAACUGACAGUUAAUCGGUUCAGUUAUAACUAUAUGUGUGUAACAGGCAUUAGUUAGAUUUGUAUCAAAUUCGAACAAAGCAUAAAUAAUGAGUUUUUAUAACUCGUUAUUCUUAAAAU